AUGUCUCCCGAAUGCGACUCUUGCUCAGACCGCGCCAGUCCCCUCGUCACUCCCAUACAACAAUCCAGCAUUAUAUUCUCAAACCCCCCUUCUCCAGCUCUGGCGCACAAGCCUCAAAAACCGUCCGGACCUCCCAAACUACCUCACCUUGCCAAGAGGAUCCCUCGACCUAUCACCCUCUACAACGAGACCUUGAUCGACUACUACCGUUGGAUGCACUAUCUCGACCAGGAUCCCGAUGUCGAGGCCUACAUUCAAGCAGAGUCAGAGUACACCGCAGCAUGGAUCGCCCAAUCUGGGGUUGAGAACCUAGAGAAGCAGCUGGAUCUGGAGGUCAGUCAAAUCAAGACCUCAAUGGCAGCCCAACCUAAACGCGGUGGCCGCCCUUCCUUGGAUGAUUCCAACGAUGAGACCGCGGAUGACUUGAUGCAGACCGAAGAUGGCCCGUCCGGGAGUCGCAGUGACGUGAACAAGCCCAAGGUGGAACAUCUAGAGCGGACUCGAUUUUGGGACGUCGAUCGAUGGCGAUAUUGGCUAGAUGGGACGGAGGGCAACUAUGGUGUUUAUAAGCGGCGGCCUAUUCCGGCGGGUGCGUAUCAAAGGACUAUGGAACUUGCGCGACGGACGUACGUGACGCCGCGACAUGCGUCAGAGUCGAGCUCUGACCGUGAACCUGGAUCACUCUCGCAGUCUUCACCCUCACAAUUUCGAUUCGUCAUUCCAUCAACGCCAGAUGGUCGAGGCAAGGACAAGGCAAUGGACGUGGACAUGGACAUGGACAAGGACAAGAAAAAGGACAGGGUCAAGACAAUUGGAGGUUGUACGUUCGAGGCACAUGUCUCUGCCUUUGACGUCCAAAUUGUUCUGGACGUCAAUCGGUUGGCCAAAAAGGUGAAGCGCAAAGGAGGCGGUGGUCAGUUUUCAUUCGGUGCAAUUGAGAUUCAACCUCAACACACGUCGCUGAAGCAUGACCGUAGUGUCCACUAUAAUCCGAACAGCACGGCCGGAGGCGAAACAAGCACGGAGAGGUUCCUGGCAUAUACCUACGAUGUUUCGGGAGACGAGCGGUAUCACAUCAGGAUUAUGCCGCUACCGUCGGCACCAUGUUCAAGAUCGACUCCAUCCACUCGUUUGUCAAGACGUUCUGCGCUCAGCCUAGCCUCGGAAUGCGAGCGACAGCCAUCGCCCGCAGAGUUCGAUUUCGACAACUGGUGCGAAACGCCGGAUCAAGGUCGUCUUAUCAUGACGUUGGAGGGGAAUGUGCUCAAGGAUGCUGGAGCAGAGACACGAUGGGUGAAGCUGGGUCAGGAGUUGUUCUUGUAUUUUACCAGGCUGGAUCCCAAGGGUUUGUCGAAGGAGGUGUGGCGGGUGAGGAUCGAUUCUUUAGAUGCGGCUGGCUCUGGCUUCGAUAAUGGUCAGGACAUGGACCAGUCAAAAACGAAACUCCGACAGCCUCCUAAACUUGUACCUGAGCUGGUGAUGCGCGAGAAGGACGAGCGGAAUGUGCUUUUGAUCUCGCAGACCAACGACGAACGGUACCUACUCAUCGAGAGCGCCGGACAGACCAACAGCCACACCUACUUUCUCAGUAUCGACAGCCCCGAAGCAGGAUGGCACAUCGUACGACAACCCGAGGAAGAUGUCCUCUACAAGGUCGAACAUCACUCAGGGCACUUUUACCUUCACACCAACCACAACAACGCCCCCAAUUUCAAGGUACUUCGCAUCCCGGUCGAGACGUACCUUAGCAAUAACCUUCAGACUUUGGUUGAGACGCCUGUAGAGAUUGAACGACUUACAGAUCGACCCAGGUCGCAAGCUCAGUCGUUCUUCCUGCAGUAUAUUGAGGACGAGGUUGUGGUCGCACACGAUCCUAGCGAGUACCUGGAGCGAUUUGAGGUCUUUGUCGAGCAUUUUGUUGCAUGGGUCUGGCGAGGUGGACUGCAGGAGUUUCGUAUCUUUCGGGCGCCUCACCCCAGUGAAGGAGAUGGCCCCAAUCCCGACUUCCCUCUCACGGAACUACAGCGAGUUCGGCCGUACGAUCCCGAGUUCAAGGUUGCAACAGUGAUGCCUGGGAAUAUCCGAGAUGAGGAUGAGCGACUCUUCCGCGACUUUUAUUCGACAAGACUUCGAUACUCAAACUGUUCCUUCAUCCACCCUUGGGCGCUUUACGAGCUGGAGAUGGACGAUCUGACACCCUUGACGACAGCGAGGAAUUCAGAGGCGGACGAUGACAAGGUCAGGAAUGCGACCAAACUAGUUUGCCAGGAACCUUUCCCUGUUGGUAUACGGUAUGGUCAGCCUGCACAAGAGUCCCCUCAAGACACCGGUCUUUCGCCCAAGGAUGCAGAGAAGGAGCAGAAACGGGAGAUGAGUCGGUACAAGGAGUUGCGCAUCAUGGUUGAAUCAACGUAUGGCACCAAGCAUCCACACGGCCAAGACAAGGUCAUGAUUCCAAUCUCCAUAGUCUAUUACACCUAUCCGGAUGGCGACCGCUUCCCACGCAAGGCCGGAUUUUUGAAUGCGUAUGGAGCGUAUGGUACUUUGACGUCUCCAUCUUUCGACCCUACCAGGAUGUUGCCUCUUCUUCGCCGCGGUCUUGUCUAUGUUCAAGUCCACCCCCGUGGAGAUGGAGUCAUGGGACCCAGCUGGUACAUUGACGGCAAGCUGGAGAACAAGAGGAACACGUUUUACGAUGUCGAAGACGCCCUGCUGUAUCUUCGGGACUCUGGUAUGGUCGAGCCUGGAGGGGUAGUGGUUCAGGGCCGCAGCGCUGGAGGACUGGUCACGGGAUGGAUUGCCAACCGGUGGGGUGAGGCAGUCCAGCCUUCACCUGGCAGUUCCAUAGGUGACCGUCGUCAGCGUAACAACAACGGCGACGACAUUGACGUAACGAAGAGAGGCGAAUCCAAGAAUAUUGUGCGAGAGAUGGUCAAGGUCGUCCUGGCACAAGUACCGUUCUUGGAUGUGAUUGCGGGCAUGUCGGACCCGAAUAUCCCGUGGGUGGAGUACGAGUGGUCAGAGUGGGGGUCGCCAUUAGAGAGCCGUGAGAUUUUCGAGGUGAUGAAGGCCUAUUCACCCUACGACCGUGUUCGCAACCAACCGUACCCGGCGAUGAUGGUGAUGGGGGGACUGUCAGACGGUCGAGUCAGCUAUGCAGAGCCUCUCAAGUUCGUUGCCAAGUUGCGGAGCAUCGACGGCAAGACGAAUGACUGCCAGUCGGUGGAGGAGAAGCUUGACCGGGGAAAGAAACGGAUGUGUGCUGGCGAGAAGGAGACGCCCUUGUUGCUGCAGAUGGAGGAUGGCGGUCAUUUCAGUGGCAGCAGUUCUCUCUGGAUGGCGUUUGCUCUUUACCAUCUUGAAGCUGACAAGGGUGUGUUUGACUCGUUCCUUGAUUAA